CUACAAAUGUAUCGUAACGUAAUGGAAGAAAAGAAUUUCCAUUUAAUUAGUAAUAAUAGAGCCAUCGUGUUUCACAUUUUUAAUCCCGCAAGGGAUUGCGCUAACAGCUUUUUUAAUAGAAAAAUUGCUUCUUGUUUUUCAUUAUCGGAUUUUAAAUUGAACACAACUAUCGAUCAGUUUAUCUGCUAGAGAUCGGAAAAUUUAUGUACACGUAUUUCAUCAAGAAUAUAGUUCAUUGACAACAAUGCGGUGCCGUUAUUACUUAACUACAAAGAGAGAGUUAUGAUGAAUAGCAUCUAUUUUUGUUGUUAGUCUCAUAACCUUCAACAAGAAGAGUAUUUUGCGUUAACUGUAGAGUCUGUCAGGUUGGCCCUGGAUCCAACGGGCUCUACUCUCAGCUAACUGCUCGAUUUGUAAUGCCAUGUUCUAACUAUCUAUAUUACUAAGAUUCAUCAAUCUUUUCGAAGUCUAUGCUCAUUGUAUUGUUGUGAAGAGAAAUCAUCUACUGCCAUUUGAAGGUCAAUAACUCAGUGAUAGUCCAAUGAAAUGAAUUCAAACUUUUGGAGAAGCUUUCUCUAAAGUUAGAUAUAAUUACCUCCUAGUUUCGGAAGUGAGUUUUACACCAAAGAGUAAUUGAACACAUGAUAAUCUUGCUGGUUUCCAGAAUCUACAAGCAUCAAUAUUCGAGCAAAUGAACUUAUCUUUUGGGCAAAGAAAGAUCGUAGAUGGAGCUUUAUUUACAUUUAAAAUAUCAAGAAUCAGUCAUAUCUUAAUUAAAAAAUAGCUCAGAUAAAUUUGUAGAUAGUUUCUUUUGAGAUUAUAAUGCUCAGAGAAAAAACUACAUUUCAUCCAUCAUAACUCUCUUUGCACUUAAACAAUAAUAGCGCCGCAUUGCCAAUGACCUGCAUUCUUGGUGAAGUCUAUUGUGCACAAACUUUCAGGCCUUCAACAGAUACUCUGGCCGAGAUUUUUAUUCGCUACUGUACGUUUCGUAUCAGAGGCCGAAAUGGGGAGAAUAUUUUAUUCUUCGCUGCUUCAAAUCAUCUUUACAAGAUUAUUUUCAAUCAAACGAAGAAACAGAAUAUUAUUAAAAAUUGUUAGGUCUAAAUUUGAUCUUCUGCCUAAAACACUCUUUCGACAGCAGCUACAAUUGAGUAUAUGUGAUAUGGUAAUUAAUCUCAUCCAGUCAUAACUUCUUUUCAUUUCGUAUCGGUUUCUAUUUUUGAUUUUGUUUUCAAUUUUAUAAAUAAAUUUUCGUGUAUUUAUAUAGUAUGUUCAAACAUGUCUUCGUCUCGAUAAACCAUUAUAUUUUAAAUUAAUUAAUAUUGAAAGUGCAACUGGUAAUGGUAAAAAACGAUGUAUAGCAAUGAUACAUGAAGCUAUUAAACAAGAAGAAGAACGAAAAAAACCUCAAAAAUUCGGUGGACGAAGUAAUGAAAUUCGUCAUGUAUGGAAUGAAAAAGAUAUAGCAUGCAGAUAUUUUUCUUUACGUAUUUUAUCGGGUCAAUUGAUUCCAGCUGGCGAGUUUGAUGAAGUUAAAAUUAUGAUUGGAUUAUAUCAUGGUACACAACCAUUGUUUUCUGGUUCAAUUAUAGAAAGUCGUUCAGUUGAUACAUUAAAUCCUGAUUGGCAACAAGAAAUUAAAUUUGAUAUAACAUUAGUUAAUUUACCACCAGCAAGUAAAUUAUGUUGUUCGAUACAUUUUCAUCGACGACGAACAUCAUUAUUAAAUUCUGAUGAAUGGAUCUGUAUUGGAUGGGCGAAUCUCAAUGUAUUUAAUCAUAAUAGUUGUCUCAUACAAGGAAGACAAAAAGUACGAUUUUGGUCAACAGAAAUGAAUAAUGGCAAAAUGAUUUCAUCAAUGUAUGGUUUCAAUGAAAGAGCUUUAGCAGGUUUGUAA